AGGAGCUCAAACACACCAGCUGAGGGGGCGGCGAUGGUGGUGGUGGUGUUGUGGAAGGGAGGGCGGCUGGUUGAAGAAAAACACGAGGCUUGUGAGUGACAUUGAGACCAAGGUUAAACACGAACCAGCAGCUCUGCAAUAGGCUGCCUUGGGAACAGUAGAAGAAGAAAAGCGUCAGAAAAUGCUGCAGCCUCGCCCGUCGCUUCUGGAGCCGCGGUAAGCUUUUCAGAUGUAGGCAGAUGAAACUCGUUCAUUUGUGUUGCCGUUUCAUCGACGGGUGUCCAUGCUGGAUUCCGGGGCAGGACCAGCACUUCCUGUGCUGCGGCGACACUCUUGGGAAAAGUUCACAGUCCCUCUGUGUCCCUGCAUCAUGGACAGGACGGCUGCGGCGCCGAACCGCAGAGUUUCUUCUCUGCCACAGUUCAACAUCUCGACCUCCACACUGGCCUUCGACCAGCAUUUCACCACAAACGCCAAAGGGAUACUUCUUCUGGUGGAGAUACUGACUGGCAUGUUGGUCUGGAUCCUGAUAGGUGGCACAGAUUACUUCCGCCUGUCAGCUCUUUGCUGGGUGAUGUUUGUGUCCAUUCUGCUUUGGAUUCUGACCAUUUGCCUGUUCAUAAUUUAUCUCACCGGAGUCCACAGCAGGAUACCGCAGAUCCCCUGGACGACGCUGUCGCUGUGUUUCAACUGCGCUGCUGCUGCUCUGUAUCUGGUGACAGCCGUGGUCGAGGCUGUCUGUGUGGGCCAGGCCACCAGGGGGCGACACAACUACUACUGUUGGGCAGCAUCAGCAUUCUUUGCAUUUCUGGCCACGCUGUGCUACGCAGGAAGCGGCUACUUGACUUACCGUUUGUGGAAAACAACAGAGGAAGAACAUUAAGGCCUCUUCAGACUCUCAGGCUUCCUUGUGCGUCGACAGACGCUCAGAGAGGAGGAGUGGACAGUUUCUUUAUCAACCGACGCCGCUGACACCAUAGUUGAGGAAGUUCACCGAUAGAUUAAAUCAAUAUAAAGAAAAAAAACAAGAUUUAUGGAGGAAAACCAGAAUUUCAGUAUGUUUGCUGGUUUAUGUUUGUGGCUCCACAAAA